AUGGGAGACUGGGAAAUUUAUUGCGCUAUUUGUGCUGCUGGUUUUGCUGUUCCCAUUUACGACGAUGACGACUACCCAGGUGAUGGGAAUAAUGAUGAGGUCGAGUCUGGAGAUGAUGAUCAUGAAGAAGAAGAUGGGGAUGCGGAGAUGGAUGAUGCAGAAGACGAUGACGGAGCAGAUGAUAUAGCUGAUGACGACAAUGCAGCAAAUGAUGCUGCCGAAGCUGACGAGGAUACUGCUACCGAGGACAACGGCGCAGCAGACCAGCAAGAGACUGAAGAUGACCCAGAAGAAGACGAUGCUGCAAUUCGUCGCGUCAAGAAUUUGUUUCCAAAGGAGAUUGCCGUUCAACGCCUCCAAUGGCUCAAGAAGUUCCGCACUAUUGGCCAAAAUCCACAUGCAUCAGGCUUAACGCAAUGCUACUUGACGGGCCCAGCCGUACAACAUGAGUUCGGCGAAGCCGGCAUCCAACGGGGCGACCAUCCAAACGCACAGACGCUUGAAGAAGAUGCCGUCAGCUGCUACCGCAAAGACGAUGAAGAGACUGGAGAUCUACCAGUCCAUGAUAGCUGCUUCACCAUCCUUUGCAGAGUCUUUGCUCGAGCCCGGGGGAUUGAUUUCGAGUGGAAACCUGAUGAAACCAAUGCAGAGUUUCCGUUCGAACUUGACUCGCUGUUCUCGUGUCUUGCGAGCACUCGUGGAGAGUACGAAUGCUUUCUUCAAUUGGAUCAUGGAUUCGAACCCGAGCAAUACUUUGGCCUGGAAUGGGAACGUAUAUACGACUUUUUCGAUCCUCUAGAAAGCGUGGAUUUGGAAUCGCUCACCAGAGAUGCAACCACCACCAAGUCUACCACAGCUACUUCAAGCUCCGGCUCUAAUGACCUUYUGGAUGUUUUACCGAAUGAGCUGCACGCCAAAAUUCUGGACCUAACUCCCCAAGAAGACUUGGUACCCUUUAUGAAGGCUUCAGGCACAAUCCGUCGGAUUACCGAGCCAGAAAAGUUCUGGAAGCAUCGCUUACAACUAGACGCCCCAUGGCUAUGGGAAAUGAAGAACGAUGACACUCGCAAUUGGAAGGAGCGCUACAACGCCGUCAUGAUGCAGGCGUUCAAACCCAUGCGAGAAGCUGAAAAGGGAUCGCACGUAUCUGGUCUUGCGAAUCGAAAGCGUAUCUGGCACGUCUGCGAGCAAAUCUUACAGCUGUAUCAGGAGAGCGGUGCUUCUCUUCGUCCACAGCAGACCACCUCGGAGUUUGAAGAUGGUGUUGUCGGUCGUUAUCUACCGAUUGUAGCCACCCAGAAAGAGUCAAAGUUCAGAGGUGAGACUGCCUUCUUCUUUGACAAGGCAAGCGAUAUGCAUUCAGCGAAGCAGCUCAGGCUCAAAUGGACUGAAUCGGGUGCUCUUUGUGGUAUCCAAGUGAGCACAGAUUGUGGAACGGCCACUCUCGGAGCCGGAGACAGCUCAUCAGGCACCGAGAGUGUUCUGGAUAUGACUGCAGACGAUUGGAUUGAGAAGCUGGUCCUUAACAUCUCUCUCGUCGAAGAGAAACAUCAGCGGAUCGCGGUCACCGGCGUUACCAUCUGGCAACUCUCCCAAGCCGUGACUGUCCUCGGCAGUGACAAAGGCUAUAAACGUCUACUCGAGCCUCUACCAGGCAAUGGCAUCGUUGGGCUGAAGACCCAAUUUGCAGAGGGAAUUAUUACACAUCUCGGACUCCUUGAACAUCCUGCGGGUCUGACGAAGCUACGAUCAGCAAUUGACAACAAAAUCUCCAAACUCUUGUGGAAACAUCACCUACCAUCGACCGAUCUGCGCUUCAAGGACUAUCACUUUGGAUAUUGGACAUGCGACACCAAAUGGGACCUGACACCAAUGGAAACUCUGAUCUUCGGCUCCACAGAUGCCGAGCAAUCGACCAUGACAGGUAUAGGAGCUACAGCAGAUCUCGGAUAUUUCGAAAUCCAUCGAUCAAAUGGUUCGAGUGCGCGAGUUGGCCAGCGCGAUGGGCCAAUCAAGGUUUUCCCUAUCGAUGGUCCCGGAGGAGAGCGCAUCGAUGGGCUGGAAAUAAUCGUCGGUCCUCUUCCCGUCGGUCUUACUCUCGUGACGACACAUGGGCGACGAGGAGUUUUCGGUAAGAGAUAUGAUAAUAACAGACAUGUCGAAACAUCUGAGCAUGGUCAUGGUGUUGCUGGACUGUAUUGUAGUUUCGGCUACAAUUCUACUGGCAAGGAUCGUCUGAGUUCUUUGGGUCUUGUGUUAUCGCCGCAUAUUGACAGACCACCGAUGAACCACCCUCUACCGGCAGAAACGAAUAAUCUCAUAUGGGAACCCAAAGCUCCCCCACCAUCUUGGCAUGCAGUGGGAAAAUUGUACGGUCCAAAGCAUCAAGGAGAGAUUUCCGUGCUCAUUGAUCUUUCCCGACCCAUCAAGAAAAUCGAAGGUUUAUUCCCAGCUCCGAAUUGGCUGGACGAAAUUGAAAUUGGUGGAUUUACAAUCCACUACAGCGAUCAUAAUCCUCUGGAGCAGUCUACUCACCUGGGAUUCCCGCCAAAGCAAUGGCCUACAUCAGAUACUGCAUCGUCCAAGGAUCUGGCGAAGAUGGAACGACAUCCUGGAAUGGCAAUAGGAUCAUGGGGAGAGACAGAUACCGGGAAAUCCCACGUCUCCACUGACGAAGAGGCGCUGCAUCAGCCCACAACCUGGGAUCUGGGAGAUGAUGGCGACACGAUAGAUUCCGUCAGCGUUUGGGCCGGAGAGUAUCUCCAUGGUCUCCAAUUCCAUUCAAAAGGCGGCGAAGACAGUCCUCGAUGGGGCAAAUGCGGAGGCGAGCCUGCGGGGAGAAUUAAAGCUGGAGGCGAGGAGCGUAUUGUCGGUCUGAAGAUUAUUCUGGGCUCGCAAAGAUUGGGGUUCACGGCUCCGGCCAUGUCGCCGCUGGCUAUACAGGGUAUGAGUGAUGCGCCGCUGUGA